AUGAAAUCCCUGUCUGCAGGAGACUUGGAAGACUACCUCCUGAAUAAGGUGGACUUGAGGCGCCAGCGGAUCUCCCAGAUUGUGGAGGAGGUGCAGAAGGUUGUCCAUCGUCUGACAACAGAAAUCAGCCUCCAAGACCUCCGAUUUCAGGCUGUCCCUUACUCCGACACCUACAAUGGGAACAUUAAGGUUUUGGCCCCCAGCCAGUUCCUCGUCACAGUCCCAGUGAAGGGCCUGGCGGGGUACAGGGAGGCCAGGGAGCAGCGCUGGCGGCACUACACCCUGCAGGGCACCAGGCUCCCCUGUCCCUUGCAGGACCCCGAGGGCCUGCACCAGUGGCUGGCGGUGGAGCAGUUCAUGAAGAGCCAAUGGCAGUGGCACGAGGCAGACGUGAACAUUGAGGGAGAUAUCGUGCCCGCCAAGGUCCUCCAGGUGUUCCGGAAGCUGGUAGAAAACGCAAUCGGAACCUGUCAUCUCUCAGGUGAGGUCAGCUUGCUGUCACAGCGCUCCACAGUGUGGGUUGCCGUGGAAACCUCCGCAUGUCGGGUGGAACUGGAGCUGGUCCCCAUGGUGGAGAUCCCCACUGCCUGGUCUGAGAAAGCUCGCUGGCCUCCCUGUCUGAAGCGCUGGCCUUCCCGAGAGCAAGUGGCGUGUAUCAAGUCGUUCGGGUUUGCCCUGUUGGCCUCUUCAAAUUACCACUGGCAGCAAAGCUUCCUGCAGGCCGAGCAGGUGCUGCUGGCCCAGCUGGAUGAGGACGGCGGCUGCCGCAGGCAGUGUCUCCGGGCCCUGAGGCAGAUGAAGGAGGACGUCUGGUGUCCGGGGAAGAGGCCUGUCCUCACGGCCCACCAUCUGCAGACCGUGCUCUUCUGGACUUGUGAGAAAUACCCGCACUUGAAGGACUGGCAGGCAUUUGGCAAAGCCUUCCUGCGCCUUGUAAGGAAGCUGCACAAGUGUGUGAGCCAGCACUUUCUGAAGCACUAUUUCGUGCGCAAGAGCAACCUCCUCCAGUGUGCUGGCUCGAGUGAGCUGGAUGCCGUGGCCCAGAAGCUGGCUCUCUUCCUGAAGAACCCCCAGAUCAGCUUGCCCUGAGGCUGCCCCAGCCUGGGAGGCUCUUGGACGCUUUAUCCUGGCUUGACCUCGUUCUCUGUAUGAUCCUGCCCAGGAGAGAAGCAACUUGCCGCACAGGAGGUGACAUUGAGCCCACCGUACCCCAGGUUGUCCGACCCAAACUUCCCUGGAGCCAGCCACGCAUUUCAGCCCUCACUAGCUACCUCUCUUGGGGACAGCUGUCAUCAGGCUUCCCCCAAGCCAUCACUUCUGAGCGAUGACAGCACUGGCCGCAUUCUCCCUUGCUCAGGCUCUGAGUGUCUGCAGAAGAGGAUGGAGAGAGAACCCCCAGAAGGCCAGGCGUCAGCCUGCGGCCCAGGAGUGGUGCUCCAGCCCACUGACUGUGGGCUCAUCCCUUUUCCAUUUGCAACAUGCAACAGUGAAUGCACCUUUCUCAGAGCAGGGCUGUGACCUGUGGGACUCCUGGUGACCUCCUGAGCAGUGGGCAGUGGAUCCACACACGAAGUGUUGGUCACGGUGGGCAGCCAGUGCUUGCCUCCUGGAUCGGUGCCACCAACCCCGCUGGUUAAGUGAUUGCGUCCGACGGGUGCCCACGCUGCACUGGCCUUCCUGCCCUCCGUUCUCCCGAACCCCACUUCAGGACUUGGGGUUCCGGCUGCUUCGCUGGUGUUGCCAAAGUGGGAAGAGGGUGGCUUUGAUGACCAGUGUCAGCCCGAGAUGAAAGCACAGCUCUGUUUGCCAGCUUGCUCUGGCCAACUCCCCCUUCCUUGCGCCCGGUGCCUGAUAUUCUUGGCAUGGACUCGGAACAAUGACCCCCGUGGAAUGGCGUGGUGUCAUUCACCUCUCCGUGCCUGCCUGUGCUCACCUCAUUCACUCACUCAUUCGUGGAUAAGCAUAUGCUCAUUAGGCACUGGGAGUAUAGGCAAGAGCCACGUGGACAAAGGAUGUGCCCGCUGGGGGACAGCACCUGAAGUCAGACAGGAAAUGCACAAUAGAUGAACACAAUUAUUACAAAUGUUAACAAGUGCCUGAAGGAAACAAACAGAACAUUGAAAUAGAGCCAUAGAGGAGUUCCUCGAAGGAUGAAAAUGCAAACUGCU